CCAUUUGGUAUCAUUGUAGUUUAGGCUUUUCCAUUUAAUACCCAAUUUUUUAUUUGUAUUCUAAAUGGUACCACUAUACUUUCAAUUUAUUCUCUAUCAUAGCAUUCCGUCAAAUAAAUUAUGUAAUCUUUGAUUUGGGUGUUUAAGGUCGAAAACAGCAAAAAAAGCUUAAAAAUGUCACGAUUUAUGUGCAAAAAAAAAAGUCUCGUCUUGUAUAUUUCGAUUUGUUUAGCAAAAAAAAAAGUCCGGUUAAAGUGUUGGGCUCAUUAUGAUCUUAAAGGAUAAAAUUUUGCAGUCGAAAUUAGAAAAAUAAGGAUCACAGUCGCACAAAACUAAUGUUUUAUUUAACAGAUGCUAUAAUAAAGAAUAAGUCAAAAUUACAAUGGUACCAUAUGGAAUAAAAAUAAAAAUUGGGUAAUAAAUGAAAAAACCAAAACUACAAUGAUACAUUAAUACCAAAUAAAAAAUCCCAUUUUUUUUAAAAAAAACCUCAUUUGUUUGUUUUAAAAAGAAACGGAUUUUAAAUUAUGGAACGAAAGGUUCAAUUAAUCAAAUCAAAGAUCCACCAAAAUUUAAAAACUUAAAAACUCCGGGAGAAAGAAUUUAUACAAAAUACACGCAGAGUUAAUAUACGGAGUAAGUCCAGUAAGAUACUCCACCCUCCGUUUUCCUUCCCUUCCUUUCCCUCCAUCUCCUUCAAUCUAAACACAAUCCCAAAAAAAAAAAAAAAAAAAAAAACAAACCCCACACACACAAUCCAAACACACUGUAAAGUGUAAAUCGACAUUUAACAGAGUUCUUCAAUGGAAUCCCUCAGUAUUAAUUACUGGCUGAAGCCAAACCCCAAUUCCCAGUUCAACAAUCGAAUUUACUUAGAUAAAGAUAAGACGAAGAUUAAAACGGGAACCCAAGUAAUUUCUGCUUUAUCUUAUCAAAAAUUUGUAGACUUUGCUGUUGAAGAAACUAAGCGUCGUACCCAUCUCAAGUCUUCUCCUUUACAGAAAAUUUUUAGCCAUAUUGAAGCUAUAGAUGGAAAGGCCAACCUCAAGUUUCAAUUUUUUGAAGAUUCUAAAAUUAGAUUACUUCGCAGUAUGCACAUUGACGGGGGUGAUUCGCUGCAGGUGUUGGACUUUGGCAUCUUCCCAAAAGCUGCUUUUGACUUGCCUAUAUUUUGUGCCAACUUUUUCAGCAGCUCAUCGAUGAACAUUAUUGUAUUGGAUCUCAAUCCAUUGCAUGAUGUCAUUACUAAUAGAGAAUACAAAGAGAAGUAUUACAAAAGUUUAAUGCCUCUCAGCGUUAAGUAUGCUGAACUUUUGCCAUGGGGAGGAAAACUUACAGGUGAAUCUUUGAGGUUUUUCUCACCAAUAGUUAUAUGGACAAGAUUUACUUCAAGCCAAGAGAAGCAUGAUAUUCUAUUUGACGCAUUCAGUGACUAUUACAAGACAUGGCUUGACUUGAUGGAACAUGCAGUGGAGGAGACUGCUGCUGACCAAAUUAUGCUCAACAGUGAAGCACAACAUAAAUACCUUACCUGGAGAGCAGAGAAGGAUCCGGGGCAUCCAAUGCUGAGGAGAUUGCUUGGGGAAAAAAGAGCAAGAAAUUUGCUGAGGAGCUUUUUAUUUAAUGGAGUUGAUGAACUAGGCAGUAAAACAUUUCUGGACUACUUCCCAGAAUACAAGCUUGACGAUGGAACCUUAAAUGAGAAGCGCAGUAUCAUGGGGAAGUCUUUUGAGAAUCGGCCAUGGGAUAGUAGAGGGGAACUCAUUGAUAACUGUUAAGCUUAAUUUAAUAUUUGGGCUCAAAAGGUUGGUUCGUCGAAGUUUAUGAGCAGUCUCGCGGUGUUGCAACAAUUGCAAGUGAGAAGCUGAAUUUGAGUUUACUAUUGGCAACCUGGUUCUGAACGUGAUCUGCUGAUCCAUGUUCUUAGCAUUGAAGUCUUAUACUACGUAUAUAAUGUGAAAUCAAUAUAUUCGCUUAAUGCUCAUGAUUUUUUUCCCUGUUGGUUUCUCUUUAGAUCAAAGCCUCUCUUAAGAUACUUUUUGUUCUUGUAAUACAGGUAGAUUAAGUGUUAAUUUGUCUGUUAGGUGUCUUAGGACAUUAUGUUAGUGAUAGAGCGGAAGGAUGUUUAAAGAAAUUUCAUUUUUCAAUUACAAAAGAGCUGAAUUAUGAAAAAGCUUUUCAUCUCUUUGCUUGAUACAAUGUGUUUUGAAUCUUUUGGUUAUAGUUUGAUUGAAUCUUGAUUG